CAGUUCGUCGCGGACCACCUAAACAAAAGGUUGAUUAUAACCAUCGCAUUCCGCUUACGCUGUAGCCAGCCAGUCAGCCAUACGACGCGACGGCAGUGGUACGUUAGCAAACGCAUCGAAGAACACAGUGAAUGAGCAUCGUUAAUUGUUUUGCUCGCGGCUAGAUUUCAGUUCGACUUCAAUCUUCCCAAAGCGGUUCAAUCAAAGGUCACAUUCAACAUUGUCUUUAGACAAUUGAUAACGAAACGGGAGAGACUGAAAUAGAGAUUGUGUUGUAUUCAGUGCUAAUAAUACAUUGAAGAGUGCAAGAAGUCAAGAGUGCAAGAAAUGUUCUCUGUACAUGGCCAAAGCCGUUGGUCAGUGCCAUCUUUAUGGUCUCUGAUUGUCAUCGUUUGUCUCCUGUUAAUUGAUUGCCCCAAAGUCAAGGCACAACAAAGUUGCAAUAACCCCAAUGGAAAAUCCGGCACGUGUAUGUCCAUUUAUGACUGUGAGGUUUUGUUGAAUUCACUUAAGAAUUUGAAUCGAAGUCCUCAGCAGACGAGUUUCAUACAGCAAUCCCAAUGUGGCUACUCCUCCGCUCCCCUUGUAUGUUGCACCACAGACAUCGAUUUUGAAAAGAAUGACCUCUUGCCCGUUCCCAAUAAGUGUGGCCAUCAGUCGCUUGGCAAAAAAAUUUACAAUGGCAACGAUACCGUUUUGGAUGAGUAUCCAUGGAUGGUGUUAUUGGAGUACAGGAACAAAAAGGGAGAAAAGGUCUUGAAUUGCGGCGGAAGUCUCAUCAAUACACGUUAUGUGAUUACAGCAGCCCAUUGUGUCAAAGGUGAAAUUGAACAAGCUGUUGGUCCUCUCACUCGAAUCCGUUUGGGCGAAUACAACAUUAAUGAGGAAAUUGACUGCAUAAGAGCCGAUUGCAAUGACAAAGUGGUAGAAGUGGGCUUCGACGAGGUCCUUCCCCAUCCACAAUAUGAUGUUCGCAACGCCAACAACUACCAUGACAUUGCCCUUAUACGUCUGGAUCAAGAUGUACAAUACUCGGACUUCAUACGUCCCAUUUGCCUGCCAUUGCCAGAAACCAGAACAGCCAUUACUCCCGGCGAACUGCUUAUUGUAGCAGGUUGGGGCAGAACUUUGGAAGCUCGGCAAUCGAGUGUAAAGAAGCAAUUGGCCAUUCCAGUAACGGCCAACGAUGUAUGCGCCAAAAAGUAUGCAACAAAAAAGGUGACCCUGAUCAACUCGCAACUAUGUGCCGGAGGAGAAUUUUCCAAAGACAGUUGUGAUGGUGAUUCGGGAGGGCCUCUUAUGCGCGAGUCCUUUAUGAAACGUUGGUACUUGGAGGGUGUUGUUUCCUUUGGUAAUCGUUGUGGCCUGGAAGGGUGGCCAGGCGUGUAUACUCGUGUUUCGGAUUAUAUUGAUUGGAUACAACAGAAUGUCAGGCCUUAAAUUGUCCAGAGUUUGCAAAUAUUUAUAUUAUAAUAAACCAGUUGUAAAUAAA